AUGACGAUGACCACCCACCCGGGGCUGAACCUCACGACCGCGCGGCUCGAGAUGCGGCCCCUCACCCACGGCGACCUCGGCGCCAUGACCAAGCUGCACACCGACCCGGGGGUGAUGGCUUACCUCGGCGCCGAGACCCCGGAAGCCGUGGCGUCCGCGUUGGACACCUUGGUCUCGCAAUACGCCGAGCUCGAGCUGACCCCCGGGCAUGGCGGGGGAAGGGGGCUCGGCACGCUCGUGCUUGUCGAGCGGCACACGCGCGCGUGGGUCGGCUGGGUGAGCCUGUACGGCCCGGCCGAGUCGGCGGCCCGCAGCGCCCCCGGCCUCGCGCUGGCGCUGUGCUUGACCCAGCGCUCUUGGGGGCAGGGGUACGCGACGGAAGCUGGGCGCCGAGUGCUCGAGUACUACUACUCCACUUUGGCCGGCACGCGGCCCGUCGCGGCGUCGGCGCCCGCACACCACGGCGCGGCGAUCCGCGUGCUCGACAAGUGUGACCUCCGCAAGGUGCGCGGCACCGCCCACGGCCUCGUGUACGCCAUCACGCGCGCCGAGUGGGUCGCGGCCGACAAGCGCCGGCCUAGGGGAAGUCGCGGGCGCAUGGGGUCGUACAUGGCUUAG